CAGGCUCCACAGGGAGGUCCACAUCCGGGGCUCUGUGGCCGCGGCACGGUUGCCAUGGCAGCAGGGCGGCUGGCAGACCGCCCACGCUGAGGGCCGAUCUCGCAGAGCCCGGGAGGCCGCGCAGCGCCGCCACUAUGAGUCUGGACACCGCGGAGCUGGCUUCCGAGACGGGUGAUGACAGUCUGUCCGCAAUUACCUUUGAUUCCGACUUUGAGACGAAAACGAAAAGAAAAGAUUUUCACAAACCUCCUCCCACAUCACCGAAGUCACCUUACUACUCCAAGCCCAGAAAAGCGGCAUCCUGGCGGUCUCUGAAGACAGCAGGGAGCAUGCCUCUGAGCAGCAGAAUGUCCUUGACCCCACAGAAGCUGUGGAUGGGAGCCUCGAAACAGGGUCACGUCUCUGGGACUUGUGUCUACAGAGAGAAGGAGGACAUGUAUGAUGAGAUCAUGGAGCUGAAGAAGUCCUUACAUAUGCAGAAAAGCGAUGUGGAUCUGAUGAGAACAAAGCUUCGGCGCUUGGAAGAGGAGAACAGCAGGAAGGAUCGGCAGAUAGAACAGCUUUUGGAUCCAGGUCGAGGCCCAGACUUCGUUCGAACCCUGGCCGAGAAAAAGCCCGACACUGGUUGGGUCAUCACCGGGCUCAAGCAAAGGAUCUUCAGGCUGGAGCAGCAGUGCAAGGAAAAGGACAACACCAUCAACAAACUGCAGACCGACAUGAAGACCACCAACCUGGAGGAGAUGCGCAUCGCCAUGGAGACAUACUAUGAAGAGAUCCAUCGUCUGCAGACCCUCCUGGCCAGUUCUGAAGCCACAGGAAAGAAAGUCGCACAUGGGACCUGGAGCCCCAAGUUUCUCCCGUCCAUGUCUCCCCAGUGCUGGGAUUACAGGCCCAUAUUGGAGAAGAAGAUGGGUAUGAAGAGGCAGAAGAAGAUGAGCAGCGCCCUGCUGAACUUGACCCGGAGUGUGCAGGAGCUGACAGAGGAGAACCAGAGCCUGAAGGAGGACCUGGACCGCAUGCUGAGCAAUUCUCCCACUGUCUCCAAAAUAAAGGGUUACGUGGACUGGAGCAAGCCCCGGCUGCUAAGACGCAUUGCAGAGUUGGAAAAGAAAAUGAGUUCUUCAGAAAGCCCAAAGCCAUCUGCUUCAGAUUUGGUCAAGCCAAAUCCCCUGGUCCGCUCCUCAUCCAAUAUCUCAGUGCAAAAGCAGUCGAAAGAGGACCAGUCCAAAGAGGACCAGCCCAAAGAGGAGGAUCCGUCUGAGGACCAGGAGCAUCUCCAAGGAACCGUGAGGAUCCUGAAGGGGGAGAGGAGCGCACUGGAGGCACAGCUGUUGGAGAAGGGUGUGGAGAUGAAUAAGCUGCUACAGGCCAAGAUCGACUUGGAGAAGGAGCUGGAGAUGGCCAGGGAGGGCGAGAAGGAGAGACGGGAGCAGGAGCAGGCUUUGAGAGAGGAAAUUGAAGCCCUCACCACCAAGUGUCAAGAGCUGGAAGAAGCUAAGAGACAAGAGAGAGACUCCACCACAGCAGGCACUCAUGAGGCUCACCUAGAGCUCCAUGUACCAUCACCCUGCAGCAGCAGGCACUCCAAGCCAGACAACGACAAUGAGCCCAAUUCCCACAACAGUGCCAGCGAGGGAGGUGGCUCCCAGCCCCCAACCCCGUGCUCUGAAGAGAGGAGAGAGGCCGCCAUCAGAACCCUGCAGGCCCAGUGGAAGGCCCACAGACACAAGAAAAGAAAAGCAGCUUUGGAUGAGGCAGCAACUGUGCUCCAGGCGGCCUUCAGGGGACACCUAGCUCGUUCAAAGCUGUUACGCAGCAAAGCCCCAGACUCCAGGCCUCCCAGCCUGCCGGGCCCUCCCAACCAGCUGCAGAGCUCUCCCACACCCCAUGUCCCAAGCCCUGUCACCCCGCCUGAAGACAGCCCAGCACAAGAGGAGGCCAUCGUUGUCAUCCAGUCCAUCCUCCGGGGAUACCUGGCCCAGGCCAGGUUCAUUGCCAAGUGCUGCCGAGGGAUCGCUGCCUCUCAGAGGGAAGCUGUCUCAUCCCCGCCCUCCGGAUCCGUCUCCCCACCCUCCCUUGCAGCUUCUCCUGAAUGGGGUCCUUCAGGGAAGGACAUCGAGGAGAGCUGUGGGAAGGCUGCCGAGGCCGAAGAGGAGGCCGAAGAGGAGGCCGAAGAGCCAGCAGCCCUGCAGCUCUAUUCAGGAGCAAUAAGAGUGACACUCUGUGCCAAGGAGGAGCUGAAAGAGGCCACUGCUGUUGAUCCUGCGCCCUCCUCACAACCCUCAGUUCCUGCCUCCCCGCAGGGUGGCCAUUGGGACUGUCUGUCCCCAUCCGGUCUGGAGGCUGUGCCUCGGUCCAGUGUGAAGGAUGUGUUGUGCUUGAAUGUGUGUGAUGGAAGGAGCAGCAGUGCUGGAAGUGCUCAGCCAUCCCUGGUGGCGUCCUCUUCCUCAGGACUGCAGCCCCUGUCGCCACCACCUGUGGAGGAUGUCAGCUCCGAUGACUCAGAUGACAUUAUCUUUUCACCAUUUCUGCCCAGGAAGAAAAGCCCCUCCCCAUUCUAGGACCCCAGUCAUUGCCUCCUGGUGAGGUGGCUGUGGGGACAGGUUAGAGGACUCGCUAACUGAAUUUGAGAAGAUGACCUAUCUUGCUAGGGAAAGAGCCCUGCCUCGGGAACACCUCAGCCAUCGGUUUUCUUGUGUCUUGUGCCUAUGCCUUUGAGGGACCCUGGUGGCUCUACGCUGCUCUCUGGGGAGGGCGGACAGCCGCCUCCCACUUCCAUCUCUGGUUGCAGCCCAUGUGUUUCCAGUGCCCACCCCAAAUCAGGUCAGCAGGGAGUCCUGCCAAGACAAGAACUCUUGCAAAGUCUACCACCUGCCCUUGACCUUGGCACUGUCAGCUGCCACUGAGAUGCGGCCUUCUUUGUCCUGUGCUGCCCAGUGCCUUACACGUCACCCAAUCAAGUCUCCUGUCCCCACAGCAGAAUGCAAUCAUAUCACAGUCAGCAAGAAGCCUUGGACAUCAGGGUCUCCAACCAAGCCCCUGUCCCAUGGGCUCCUUGCUCCCCUUUCUCUUAUCCCCACCACCUCCGUCCCCCUGAGAGGAUGAACUCUUGGAAGAGCAGCCAGCAGUGUCGCAUGGAGUGGCACAUUGUCACCUGGAGUGGCACAGCAGCUGUUGAGAGGCUGCGAGAGGACAGAUCCACAGGUCACCCAGAGACAAGGCAGAGAGCAGGGCCAGGAGGCAGCCCACCAUCCCCGAGGAGAUAAGUCUCAGGGAUGAACAGAUUCCAAUGUGGACCUGGGGACAGCCUUGUCACCUGGGUGUGCAGAGGCAUCCGCAGGCCACCAAUGCCACCUUGAGAUGUUGGCCCCUUGUUUGUGAAAUUAGCUGCUGUCAGUGGGUGAGAAAGAGGGGCUUUGGGCUUGGACAGUGUUAGGGGUAUCCAGGCUCCAUGUAGCCCAAGUCUCCCUUCCCUGUCAGAGUGCCUGUGGGACUGGCUGCCGGUGGGCUCCAUAGAUCACUAGUGAUGGCACUUCCUGGCCCCAUAGGACUGGUUUUUGUCUCAGGAAAAAACCUAAUGCUAGAAGGUUCCUUCUUGGACUAGACCAGUGGGAACACCAAGAGGUUUGCCCUUAGGACCAUUUAGUCCUGGCAUCCUCCACAAAACACCUGUGUGAUGCUGCACACAGCAGGCUGGGCGUGGGAACCUCAGGACGGGAGCUGGGCUUGGUGGCAGGAGACCAGGAAGGAGGAGCCCAACUUUGCCAGCUUGCCCCAGGGAGGGGAAGUGCCCCUAACACUGUGAUGGGAGCAGGCACUGCUGCCUAGCCCUUCUCUCCAGCAGGGGGACCCUGGCUGCCUCAGUCUUUAGGCACCGUGGGCUGUCUGCCAAGUUAGUUUCUUCCCCAUGAACUGAUGUGCUUGUAUAAACAUGGCAGUCAGCUGGAGCCCUCUAGAUCUGUCUGCCUCUACCACAACUCGGGGUGUUUCCUGUGAUUGAUGCCACCACUUGAAGUGUCAGACCUGCCCAUUAAGGCACCAAAAGAUGGCUACAGGUGGCCCUCGUGUGCCUGUACCUUCCUUGAGGCCAGCGGUCCUUUUUAUGGCUACUCUGUCCCCUCUUCUUUAAUAGCGGCCAUUUGUCCAUUGAGUGUUCUGAGAGUGAGCAGUCAGGAGUUCUGGCAGGGGAUGCAGAAUGGGUGUCUUCACUCGGCUGCUCCCACCUCAGGAGAAGGGGCAGGGUCUGUACAGAGGCUGACCUGUGCACCCAGCCUGGCCAGCGGGCAGUGAGGUCAAGAUCAGCCUCUGCACUUGAGUUUUCUGAGAACAGGAAACUAUAAACCUCCUGCCCUUUGCAGCUAAUCUAUUAAAGGUAAACCCUGCCUUGGA